AUGAGUUUUUGUGAUUCUCAAAUCUUUUCAGAACCACAAUCAACAUCACCAGGCAAAAAAGUAACAACUACAGUAUCAUCACAUCCAACGCUUGGACAGGUACCUAAACCUAGUUACCAAAACAUGGAAUAUAAAAGACCUCUCAUUGGCACAAACGAACCAGAAGAUAUAGAGAUGGCUGCAAAACGAGUGACUGCAUAUAAUGCAUCACUAGAAUACAAACCUAAAUCAGAGAAUAAAAACCAUAUUAAACGAUCUACUCGUCAACAAACGGGAUUCGUAAUAACUAUCAUUAGUAUUACAAUAUGGGUUCUUUUCAUUAAAAAGACUGGAACAGCAAUUAAUACAACUGCGGCUACAAUUGAUCUAUCGACAACAGGAACAACAAUGUUUACAGCGUCGAUAACAAAAAUCGCAGUGAUUACAACAUCGACAACCGAAUCAACAAUUAAUACAACUACAACUACAAUUAGUGCAUCGACAACAGAAACAACAAUGUUUACAACGUCGGCAACAGAAACAGCAAUGCUUAUAACGUCGACUAAUUCUCAUACAACAACAAAGAAUGUAUCAGGAUUCAAUAAAUGGAAACAAAAUGCCAUUACUGUAGCUGGUGGAAAUGGACAAGGACAACAAGUAAAUCAACUCAAUGGUCCAGAAGGAAUCUUUAUUGAUAAAAACAAAAAUAUUUUCAUUGCUGAUUUUUAUAAUCAUCGCAUUGUUGAAUGGAAAUAUAAUGCAAAAGAAGGACAAAUCAUUGCAGGUGGAAAUGGCAGAGGAGAUCAAAUAGAUCAAAUGAAUUAUACAACAGAUGUGAUUAUUGAUCAACAAAAUCAUUCGAUCAUCAUUGCUGAUCGUGGGAACAAACGAGUGAUUCAAUGGCUGAAUCAAAAUCAACAAAUUCUCAUUGAGAAUAUUUCUUGUUAUGGCUUGGCAAUGGAUAAACAUGGGUUUCUUUAUGUUUCUGAUCAAGGGAAGCAUGAAGUGAGACGAUGGAAAAUGGGAGAAUAUAUUGAAGGAAUGGUAGUGGCAGGUGGAAAUAAACAAGGUGAUCAACUCAAUCAACUUAGUUAUCCUGAUUUUAUCUUUGUUGGUGAGGAUCAAUCUGUUUAUGUAUCAGAUCGAAGCAAUAAUCGUGUGAUGAAAUGGAGAAAAGGUGCGAAAGAAGGAACAGUUGUGGCUGGAGGAAAUGGUUUUGGAAGAAAUCUCAAUCAAUUUUUUGAACCUGAAGGAAUAGCUGUUGAUCAUUUAGGCCAAAUCUAUGUGGCAGAUAGUGGCAAUGAUCGAGUAAUGCGUUGGCGUGAAGGAAAAGAAGAGGGUGAAAUUAUUGUUGGUGGAAAUAGAAGAGGAAAUCAAUUAAAUCAACUGAAUCUUCCCAAGGGUUUAUCUUUUGAUGAUGAAGGAAAUCUUUAUGUUGUUGAUUAUGGAAAUGAUCGAAUUGUAAAAUUUGAAAUAAUUUUCUGA